AUGUCCUGGUUUUUCGGUUCCUCUAGUGGUAAGUUGCUCCUGACCCAUCCUGCCGCUGAUCCGCCACCCUCUAAAAGACCACUGUGCCCCCCUACUGCACAGUCGGCGGCCCCCCAAACUGAGAAGCCUAAGCCAUGCUGCGUUUGCAAAGAUGAGAAGGCCACCCGUGAUGACUGCAUGCUCUUCUCCAAGUCCGAAGAUCCCGCCGCAGACUGCAAGUCGACGAUCGAGCAGUACAAGACUUGCAUGGCAGGCUUCGGUUUCAAGGUCUAG